AAACAAACAAAAUGUCUAACCAAAGUUUAGAUCAGUUUGAUUCUAUCCCAAACCAAACCACUAUAACCAAAAGUUCACAUAGAAUGGUGAUAUAUGAGAAUAGCAUAGCACAUGAUCUUCUUGUGCAACACAUUUUGCUUGCUGGUUGGCUGGUUCAUAUAAAACAGCCAGUUAGUGGGGCUUGUUGUACGAGAGACUCCUUGUACGAAAACCACUAUUCCAGGGAGAGAUAUUUGUCUCGGGCCCCACCCGUCAUCGUCGGUCCCAUUAGAUCCUCGGCCCCAGUAGAUCAGCACCUGGUACGCUUCGACGUGCCGACUGCCGAGCAGCCCGUUCGCGACAGGCCAAAUGGCGCCGUGCGUGCUCAGCACCCACCUCCAUAGUUCCGUUCCACGUUCCACUCCCACUUCUACCUCGUCGCGGCUGGACCACCGUAGUCCGUCGGUGCUGGCUCGGCACCCUCCUUUCCCAGCUGGAGUCCGAACCGAAGGAGCAGAGUGACGACGCCCCGCCGCACGCAUCGCAGUCGCAGCAGCAGUAACAAACAAGGCACAAGCCGAGCGGAAGCUGUAACAACGACACGAAACCAACAAACCUCGCGUAUAAAUCCGCUCGCCGUUUGGGCGCGCCCCACCGCUCUGGUCUGCUCGCCGCCGACAGACCACAGCCCCGGCCCGCGCGCGCCUUGGGUGGGUGCCGGUGCCGGAGCGACGGCAAUGCCGGAGGCGGCGCGGGCGCGGGGCCUGCGGGAACCGGCGGGCGAGGGGGAGGCGGAGCAGGAGGACGAGUUCUACGAGUCGCUGGAUCGGAUCCUCUCCUCCUCCUGCUCCUCCGCCUCCGCCUCCGACGACGACGCCGACCACCGCCGCCGCCGCAGCAGGCGCCACCACCUCCUCCACCAGCACCAGCACCAGCACCAGCCGCUGUCCUCCGCGUACGACGUCUGGAUCUCCGAGCCAACCUCCGUGGAGGAGCGCCGCCGCCUCCUGCUCCAGCGCCUGGGCCUCGCCUCCGACCCGCCGCCUCGCCGCUCGCCGUCGCCUCCCGCGUCUACCCCGGCGUCGCCACCGGCGCCCCCGGAGGAGCCCAGAUCCGGCGCCGGGCUCGGGAGCCCCCCGCUGACGCGGAACCCCAGCUCCAGCGGCGGGGAGCAGCAAUGCCGGAUCCGGAACCUGGACGACGGCACGGAGUUCGAGGUCGGGGAGGUGCACGAGGAGGAGGUGGUGCGGGAGGUGGGCACCGGCCGCCACCUCACCUUCGAGGAGUUCGAGCUCUGCGUUGGCCGCUCCCCGAUCGUGCACGAGCUCAUGAAGCGGACCACCACCGCGGCGUCCGCGUCCGCCUCCAAUCACGCCGCGCCCGCGGCCAGCAAGCCCCGGAGGAAGCCCGGGGGCGGGUGGCUGCGGGGCAUCAGGCAGCUGGCGGGCACCGUCGCGUACGGGAGGCGCGGCGCCGACGAUGGGGACAAGGAGAAGGAGAAGGAGAAGAAGGAGAGGGAGGCGCGGCGCCUCAGCUCUGCCACCGAUGACAGCCUCGAUGGCGCCGGCUCGCGCGAUGUAAGGAGGGUCCAGGUGCGACAGUACGGGAAGGCGUGCAAGGAGCUCACCGGGCUGUUCAUGACGCAGGAAUUGGCUGCCCACUCGGGCUCCGUGUGGUGCAUCAACUUCAGCCUGGAUGGACGAUACCUUGCCACUGCUGGAGAGGAUCGUGUGAUCCAUGUUUGGGAGGUGUCUGAGGGAGACAGAAAGGGUGAGUUGCUCGGGGAAGGUUCGCUGGCAAAGGAGAAUGGUGGUGGCUGCAGCCCGUUUCUCACGUUUCUUGGGAAUGAUUCACCGGAGAUCGCUGCAUUGUCAUUCACCUGCGCUGACAUGGAUAAGAAGAGAAGGCUGAGGAAGCAGAGCAAUCGGAAGUCUGUAGGGUCUGAUCAUCUGGUCGUUCCUGAGUGUGUGUUUGGUUUCAGAGACAAGCCAGUUUGCUCGCUUCUGGGGCAUGCCGCUGAUGUUCUUGAUCUGUCAUGGUCCAAAUCUCAGUACCUGAUCUCAUCCUCCAUGGACAAAACUGUUAAGCUCUGGGACAUCACUACCAGUACCUGUUUAAAAACAUUCUCACAUACGGACUAUGUGACUUGCAUCCAGUUCAAUCCUGUGGAUGACAACUUCUUCAUUAGUGGAUCACUGGAUGAGAAAGUUCGGAUUUGGAGUGUCCGUGACCGUAAGAUUGAGGAUUGGAAUGAUCUUCAUGAGAUGGUUACCGCUGCUUGUUAUUCCCCUGAUGGACAGGUUGCAAUGGUGGGCUCUCACAAGGGAUGCUGUCAUAUAUUUGAUACAUCUGAGAAGAAGCUUCUGUACAAAAGUCAGAUAGAUUUAAGAAUUAGGAAAAAGAAAUCUGGCCAGAAGAAGAUAACUGGAUUCCAGUUUGCUCCUGGAAGCUCAUCGGAAGUUCUGAUUACUUCUGCAGAUUCAAGAAUACGUGUUGUUAACGGCGAUGAAUUUGUUCACAAGUUUAAAGGGCUUCGGAACACGAGUAGCCAAAUCUCAGCUUCUGUAGCUCCGAAUGGGAAAUACAUCAUCUGUGCCAGCGAGGAUUCUCACGUCUAUGUGUGGAGACAUGACAACAGUUCCCACCCUAGUAGGAACAGGAUCACAGUUGAUGUAACCAACUCAUAUGAGCAUUUCCACUGCCAUGGCGUGACCGUGGCUGUCACAUGGCCUGGUGCUGAAGCCCGGGGCUCGUUUGGAUCUCGAAGCAGCAGGCACAGCGAUUCAGAUGGAGCAGUGAACUCUGGCCGAGACAUCCCAGCUGAGAACAGCCAGCACAAUUCUGACGCAGGCACCAGUAGACAUCCAGGCGAUAGAGCAUCCACAUCCUGGCCUGACGAAAAGUUACCGUCAGCCAAGAGCAGCCCUGGUCACUGCUCGUCCGAUCUUUGCAUUGGAGCUAUGGAUGUCCAGCGCCGGUCUGCGUGGGGGUUGGUGAUUGUCACAGCUGGGCGGGGAGGCGAGAUCAGGGUGUUCCAGAAUUUUGGCUUCCCGGUUCAAGUGUAAAGCUAGCGUGAGUGAGAUCAUGCAGAUAGGGUUUGUUUGGUUCUUUACUGUAUAUACCAUCGGUAGAUGUAGAUUGCCGACAGUUUUACGAAAACUUCCCUGUGUUUCUCUGUCUCCUUGGGUGCUUCAAGAUUGUACCCCCAGAACCACACUAUCAUAUAGUUAGCAAUAUCACUUGUUGAUACAAUACACAGAGCUCUGUAACUGUAUGCUUAGCACACAUCAACUUAAUUUGUUCUCAUCAUGUAUUUUUCUACACACAGUGAUGUACAAAAUGAAAAUAUUUUUCAAAUUCAUGAAUUUGCAUUUU